AUGUAUAACAAUGUUUGGUAUCCAUCCAGAAAAACACUGGAUAGACAUUACAUACAUAUAUACAAACAAACAUACAAACAAACAUACAUAAUUGUUGCAGAUCUGAAGAGAGAGGCAAGCAUAUGUCACAGUCUGAAGCAUCCAUAUAUCCUGGAACUCUUUGAAACGUAUAGUAACAAUGGAGUUUUCUAUAUGGUCUUUGAAUUGUUAGUUAUUGGUGUAGACCUCUUUCAUGAAAUCGUCAGCAGAGCUCUAGACGGGUUCGUCUACAGUGAGGCCGUUGCUUGCCAUUACAUGCGCCAGAUGUUGGAGGCCAUCUUGUAUUGCCAUGACAACAACAUCAUCCACAGAAGUCUCCACCCUUCUUGCAUCCUAUUGGCCGACUGUUCAAACUCCGCACCAAUCAAAUUGUCGGGAUUCAACAACGCAGUACACCUCAGCAGUUUCGACGCAUUCACUGAUAUAUCUCUUCAUGGCUCGCCCUACUUCUUCGCCCCCGAAAUUUUACGGAAACAACCGCACGGCCGAGGCGUCGACGUCUGGAGCGCGGGGGCCAUUUUAUACGCCCUACUUUCGGGACAACUUCCUUUUCCUAUAUUCGUUACCAAAGAUCAAAUAUACUGCUCUAUCAUGAAUGGUGCCUUUUCUAUGAAAUCUACCCCCUGGUCUUAUGUGUCCGAAAGUGGCAAACAUCUGGUCUCGCAGAUGUUGGAGUUGGAUGCCAUGGAUAGGAUAAGCAUUGAGGAUGCACUCAUGCAUCCGUGGUUGUCUGUUAGUGAUCGAUCGUGUGCACCACGAGUUCAUCUGCAGGGGGCCAUUGAUGGACUGAAGAACAUCAACUCGAGGAGGGAUUUCAAAGUUGUCCAAUCAUCCAUCUAUCCAUCCAUCUAUCCAUCCAUCUAUCCAUCCAUCCCUACAUCCGUCAACAUGCACACGUCAACAGGAUCUCUCGCCAUCAGCCAGAUGUUGGGCGUGUUGACUGACGUAGAAAACCAAGCUGGCGCCAAGAAAGAAGAGGUCAACUUCCUACAGCGAGUUUUCGAGAGUAACAAACUUCAAGCUCUUUUGAGGCUCUACGACAAAAUUGGAAAUCAGACGCUGGAUUGUUGCAAGCCUGAACCUGAAAAUGCAAGCAAGUUACUGAAAGAGGCAUGUUUCUGUGUAUGCUUAAUGAAAUCGAACCUGGAAAGGGAACUACACAGUAUCCUAUCCAAACCUUAUUUUAUCAGUCUCUUGAAUUUGAAUGACGUCAGUGUGGUGGGUGGCGAUGGGGGUGGUAGUGGUAGCGGCGGGGGUGGUAGCAAUCGUAGCGGAGGUGGUGGUGGUGGAUCUGGGGGUGGAGGAAAGUCUUCGCAACAGAAAAUAAGGAUGGUACAAUUUCAAAGAAAUACUGCUGAGCCGUUGGGCAUAACCUUGAAAAUUGACGAGGAAGGUCACUGCAUCGUGGCGCGCAUUUUGCACGGGGGCAUGGUCCACAAACAGGGGACCUUACAUGUUGGUGACGACAUCAAAGAGAUCAAUGGCCUGCCUGUCAUUGGUCAGACUGCCAACCAAUUACAAACCAUGCUGAAAAACCUUCGCGGAAGCAUAACCCUGAAAGUUGUUCCUGGUUUCAAAUUAGCGCCAGUGCCGUGCGAGAUAUUCGUGCGGGCAGAAUUCUCUUACAAUCCCGAGAAAGACGACCUCAUCCCUUGCAAGUCGGCCGGCGUUCGCUUCGAGGUCGGUGACGUCAUGCAGGUCACGUGCAAGGACGAUUUUAAUUGGUGGCAGGCGAAACGCGUCAGCCAAUCGGAGAGCGAGCCGGCCGGGCUCAUUCCCUCGCCGGAACUGCAGGAGUGGAGGAUCACGUGCUCGGCCAUCGAGAAGGCCAGGAGGGAAAAAGGUGGCUUCAACACCUGGUUCAAUCGGCGCAAGAAGCAGCAUCGAGACAGCAAGUACCUGGUGAAGAGGAACGCCAUCUUCGACCAACUUGCCCUGUUGACGUAUGAAGAAGUUAUCAGGUUACCCUGCUUCAAACAUAAGACUCUCGUUCUACUGGGUGCACACGGAGUUGGCAGACGACACAUUAAGAAUACUCUGAUCACCGUACACUCCGACAAGUUUGCUUAUCCGGCCCCACACACUACAAGAGCCAUGCGCGACGGCGAGGAACAUGGGAAAGAUUUCUACUUCGUCUCGCACGAGCAAAUGAUGAGCGACAUUGCAAACAACGAAUACCUCGAGUAUGGAACCCACGAAGGCGCCUUGUAUGGUACCAAACUGGAAACCAUCAAACAGAUACAUGCAUCUAAUCUCGUUGCCAUCCUUGACGUUGAGAUACAGGCCCUGAAGAUCUUGAGGAGUGCAGAAUAUGCACCAUACAUCGCGUUCAUUGCGUCUCCUAACAUUCCAGCUGAUAGUGAAAAUCCCAACCUUCUGAAGUUGAAGCGGGACAGCACGGCCAUGGAGAAGUCAUACAAACACUACUUCGACAUGAUCAUCGUCAACAAUGACAUCCAAAAAACCAUAUCAUCCCUCGUAGAAACAGUGGACCGAGCUAACAACGAACCCAAGUGGGUCCCCGUCAGCUGGGUCUAUUGA